UUUUAUAAUUUGGUUAAUUUCAAAAUUUGAGAAUUUAAUUUAUAUUAUCUUUAUACUUAUUAUUAUUUGAUGAUGGCGCAUUCUUCUUUGCAAGUUUGCAUGGAUUCAUCUGACUGGCUUCAGGGCACAAUGUCGGAGGAAAUAUCAACAGGGCUAGACUCAUCCUCCUCGCCAUCAGGAGGAACAACAACAACAGAGUGUAUGCUAGCAGCAGCAUGCUCGUCGAGGGCGGGAGCGCCAUUAAUGGAGAGAAGGCUUAGGCCACCACAUGACCAACACUUGAAAUGCCCAAGGUGUGACUCAACUCACACCAAAUUUUGCUACUAUAACAACUACAGCCUAUCACAGCCUAGGUACUUCUGCAAGACAUGUAGGAGGUAUUGGACUAAGGGAGGAACCCUAAGGAACAUCCCUGUUGGAGGUGGUUGUAGAAAGAACAACAAGAAAUCGAGCUCGAAAAAAUCAAACAAUGACAACCAAAACCAACCCUUGAAUGUCCAUCUUCAUCAUGGUGGUGGUAACUCCAUCCUUGGACCAAACUCGAGCCCUAACAACCCUAUUGACCUCCACCUCUCAUUCCCUCAUGAGGUGCAAUUCCCACCUCACCUUGCUAACCUCAUCGGCGCGCAAAUGAGCCUCGCCGGUGGGGGUGGUUUCAUGGAGGGUGGUGGUCUAAUGAGGCCAAUAGACUUCAUGGAAAGCAAGUAUGAGGGUUUAGUAGGAGGAGGUAAUAAUAGAGGGCAUGAUUUUAUGGGGGGCAAUUCUAAUACUAAUGAACAAUUUGGUCUAAUGGGUGGAUUUGGAGGGUAUAAUGGUAAUAAUACUACUACUUCUUUUGGUGGUAUUUAUUCUUCUAAUUCAUCACCUUUUGGAGUGUCUAAUACUAAUGAUAUGCAAAGUUCAGGAAUUAGUUUCAUGGAUCAAAGAUUGUUGCUCCCAUUUGAUGGGAACAAUAGUGAUCAUCAUCAUCAUCAUCAUCAAAGUGGGGUAGAUGUUAAGCCUAACCCUAAGCUUUUGUCCCUUGAUUGGCAAGACCAAGGUUGUGCUACUACUACUACAACUUCUGACCAUAAUGGUGCCAAGGACUCAUCUUUUGGGUACAACAUGAAUAGUAAUGGUGCUAGUCUUGGCUCGUGGACCGGCUUGAUGGGUGGUGGUUUUCAAUCUCCUACCACCAAUUCACUAGUCUAGCUACACCAAGGGAUGGAGCUUGCAUCCGAUAGGGCGCUCAUGAUGAGUAUCUUAGUAAUACGUCGUACUUAACUUUUACAUAUACUCGAUCUCUAAUAUCGUUAUAGCUAUUACUUAUGAUGACCUGUCUUUUUUAAAAAAACAAAUCAUGACGGACUCUACUUUGAUGUAUGUUGAGAUUAUUGUGAUCAUAAUUUGUCCCUGAAACGCUUUAUAGCGUAAAUUAGGUAUUUUUUACUUCUUUUAAAUAUAGUAUUGAUUAACUGUCGUACCCAAUCCGGUAACAAUGUAAACUCGAGUUUUUUCAAGAGCAAGGUUAAUGAAAUGCAUGUAAUAUAGACGUGGCCUGGGUCAUGGAUGUACUCCAAUUUGAAUAGCAAGAAAAUGUCAUGAUAAUGUGAAUGAGACUUAUGGGAGUUCAUUAAGUCAAAAAGGGAGUACACUAUAAUAGCAUGCCUUAGCUAGAGUAGUAUAAUUAGUCCAUGUAAUUUGCUUUUAUUCAAUUUUGUUGUCUACCUUAGAUUGGUUGGAUCCGAAGACAAACUUAGGUUGUUGGGAUUUGUUUGCCACACGAGGGCAUAUCAUAUAUACAUAUUACGUAUGUGAAAUAUAUAUAAUAUAUAGUGCUUA